ACUCUUUACUUUGUAACUGUUUUAAUGAUUUGUCAUAAGAACGGAGAAGAAGAAAUAUUAAUUAAUGAUGAUUGGGAGAGAAAAAGUUGUGCCUGGCAAGCCCAGAAAAAGUAAACGCUUUAGAUGAGAAUCAGAUUGCAGACAUGAGAUUUAAGAACACAGAGUGUAGCCAACCUCAUCCUUGAAUAUGUUUUUCUCACGUCAACGUCUCCACUUCCCUUUUCAAUUCGCAUCACCACCACCACCACCACCACCACCCAUACCCACUUCUGUUUCUGCAUCUUCUCCUUCUCUCUGCUUAAUCCAAUUAUUCCUCCUCCACCACCACCACCACCACCUGCAGAUGCUCCCCCUUCUCUCUCUCUUCUUCUGUGUCAUUUUUCCUCUUUCCCCAUUUGAUCCGAUUACAUUUAUCAUCUCUACCAGAAGACCUGCUGCUGCUGCUGCUGCUGCCUGUGUGCAACAAAAGACAGAAACAGAGUCAUGCUUGUACAGCCGCAAUCGUCAAGACACGACAAGGCUUGUCUCAAUCCAGCGACAACCCUUUUCGUUUCACUCUAUUUGCUUUUCCUCUUGUGCUUACCCACGCCCUAUCACGCCUGCAAGCAUCGUGAUCGGGUCUCUUUGCUAUCCUUCUCCAAAAUCCUAUCAACUCCUGUAAAUUGGACUUCUUCUUCUUCUUCCUCGGAUUGUUGUCUUUGGGAUGGCGUUAAUUGCGAUAGCAACGGUUGGGUCACCAAUCUAUCGCUUCCUUUUAGAGGACUCAAAGGCGCCCUUUCUCCUUCUCUUGCUAAUCUUACCCGACUCUCUUACCUCAAUCUCUCUCAUAAUUUAUUUUCUGAUUCUCUCCCACCUUCCUUCCUCUCGUCCUUUAAUCACCUUCAAAUCCUCGAUUUGAGCUUCAAUCGUCUCACUGGUAAUUUACCGGCGUCUGCUUCACCCAAUCGCUCCUUGUCUCUGCAGACCAUUGAUUUGUCAUCCAAUCUCUUCCGUGGAGAGUUUCAAUUAUCGUUUCUAGGACUUGUUCCGAAUCUGUCAACAUUCGACAUCAGCAAUAACAGCUUCACUGGUUUGAUUCCUUCUUCAAUUUGCGUGAAUUACCCUUUGGUCAAGCUCUUGGAUUUCUCCUACAAUGAUUUCAGCGACCAGAUUCCACCUGGGCUUGGUGGGUGUUCACAUCUCGAGGUGUUCGAAGCUGGCUGGAAUAAAAUCUCAGGACCCUUGCCUGAUGAUAUCUAUAAUAUACUUUCGCUACAUCAACUCUCUUUGCCCUGCAACAACAUCUCAGGAAACAUCGAUGGAGCUGAUCAGAUCGUGCGCCUCGCGAAUCUCACCAUUCUUGACCUCUCCUUCAAUGAAAUAACAGGGCAGCUACCUCAGGACAUUGGUAAGCUAACGAAGUUGGAACAGCUGGUUCUCUACUAUAACAACCUCAGUGGUCCUGUACCUUCUUCCUUGACGAAUUGCAUCAAUCUCCGGGUCCUGAGUCUAAGGGACAACAACUUCCAAGGGCAGCUAACCGCCAUUGAUUUCUCCAAACUAGUCGAAUUGAACUCCAUUGACCUGGGCGGAAACAAUUUCACUGGUAAUCUACCCAAGAGCCUGUACUCCUGUACAUCCUUAACUGCAAUCCGAUUCACCUCGAACCAGCUUGAGGGGCAAAUCCUGCCGGAGAUACUUGCAUUGCAGAGCCUAUCUUAUCUUGCUAUUUCGACCAAUCGGCUGACCAAUAUCAGUGGGGCGUUUCAGAUUCUGAUGCAUAGCAAGAACCUCAGUACCCUCCUACUCUCCAAGAACUUCGAUAGAGAAGCGAUUCCGGACACCAUUGAUUCCGACGGAUUCCAAAAUCUCCGGGUUUUGGCUCUUGGUGGUUGUAACCUCACCGGCCAGGUACCCACAUGGUUAUUUAAUCUCAAGAAGCUAGCGGUCUUGGAUUUGUCUCAAAAUUAUUUGUUAGGUUCAGUCCCUGGAUGGUUGGGUUCACUGCCAAAACUUUUCUACGUAGACUUGUCUUCUAACCUCUUUACAGGAGAAUUGCCUCUGGAGUUUACAACUUUGCCUAUGUUGGCUUCCUCGGUUGCUCUGGAACAGGUUUUUCUGGAGCUACCCGUCUUGGUCCAGAUCCAAAAUUCUACUGGGCAAGUGUACAAUCAGAUCUCCAGUCUUCCCCCUGCGAUAUACCUGAGAAACAACAGCAUUAAUGGUAGCAUUCGUCCGGAGAUUGGCAGGUUGCAGCACCUUCAUAUACUAGAUCUCAGCCUCAACAUUUUCUCUGGAGAGAUUCCUGACCAGUUAUCCAAUCUCACCAACUUGGAAAUACUGAACCUUUCGGAGAACAACCUCACUGGUCGGAUCCCAUAUUCAUUGACUCAGCUCCAUUUCUUGUCUUGGUUCAGUGUUGAAAAUAACAAUCUGCAAGGGCCUAUACCAACGGGUGGCCAGUUUGACACUUUCUCCAAUUCAAGCUUUGCUGGGAAUCCGGGGUUGUGUGGUGCAAUCCUGCAACGGCCUUGCCACAUUCAAAAUGAGGGAACCAGUCCUGCAACUAGCAAGAGUAGCAACUUGAAACACCUUUUAGUACUUAUUCUUGGAAUAAGCUUCGGGUGCGGCACUGUGUUCACAGUGUUGACCCUUUGGUUUCUGUCCAGAAGGACCAAACCCAGAAGAGAAGAUUGUAACAAGAUUGAUUCGGAUCUGAGUUCAUGCAGCUCCAAUCUUGGGUUAGCUACUUGUAUGGUGGAGGACUCCAGUCUGGUGAUGCUAUUCCCAGGCAAAUGUCAUGAAUGCAAGGAUCUCCAAAUAUCAGACAUCUUGAAAGCAACAAACAAUUUUGACCAGGCAAACAUCAUAGGUUGUGGGGGAUUUGGAUUGGUUUACAAGGCAACAUUACCAAAUGGAACCAAGCUAGCAGUUAAGAAGCUGUCUGGGGACCUGGGUAUGAUGGAAAGGGAAUUCAAGGCUGAGGUUGAAGCUCUCUCUGCAGCUCAGCAUGAGAAUUUGGUAUCGCUACGGGGUUACUGUGUGCACGAUGGGUUUCGGAUGUUGAUUUAUUCCUUCAUGGAGAAUGGUAGUGUGGAUUACUGGCUGCAUGAGAAGACUGAUGGUGCAUCUGUACUUGAUUGGCCUACUAGGCUGAAAAUUUUGCAGGGAGCAUGCCGAGGUCUUAGUUACAUGCACCAGAUCUGUGAACCGCAUAUUGUGCAUCGGGAUAUCAAAUCUAGCAACAUCUUGCUUGAUGAACAUUUUGAGGCUCAUGUUGCAGAUUUUGGGCUUUCACGAUUGAUCCUUCCAUACAAAACUCAUGUAUCAACUGAGCUGGUAGGGACCCUAGGUUACAUUCCUCCUGAGUAUGGGCAGGCUUGGGUGGCUACAUUGAGAGGGGAUGUGUACAGUUUUGGGGUUGUCAUGCUUGAGCUGCUCACAGGGAAGAGGCCUGUCGAUGUCUUCAAGCCAAAAAUGUCAAGGGAAUUGGUAGGGUGGGUAAAGCAGACGAGGGCUCAGGGUAAGCAAGUUGAGGUCUUUGACCCUCUACUGAGGGGCAAAGGGUAUGAAGAAGAGAUGCUGCAGGUGCUUCAUGUGGCUUGCUUGUGUGUCAAUCAGAAUCCAUUCAAGAGGCCACCUAUCAAGGAAGUGGAGGGUUGGCUUGAGAAUGUGGGGGCAGCCCCAGAGACACCAAGAUAAGAUGGUUUUUAUUGGGAUUCAGUCAUUUUUCUUUUAGUCUCAGCUGUAGUUACGUUUUGAUUCACAAACGUUUGCUCCUUGUAUCAUAGCCACAGAGUUUCCACCCUUCUAUACCUGUGAAGUUAAACACAAGAAAGAAAAAGUAGUUUACAACCUCUGCAUUUUGAAGCUGUUGUUUAUCAGGAAUUGUACAAGUGUCUGUGCAGGUGAUUCAUCCUUGAAAAUAACUCAAGGAAGACAAUACACAGAAGCUUUUGUAUGGUUUGCUUUUUUGAGUCCUGUCAUGGGGUUGGAGCCUGGUUUGAGGAAUUGGAAUCAGGAAUCAAGUGACUCUGCCGAGCCUGAUCUUGAUUCCAGCCUUUUCCUGCAAUACAAUUUUGAACCACCCACUUUUUCUUGUUUGAUCUUCA